ACCUCUCCGCUCAGUCGAUUCGCAGCGCCGAGUGCGUCAGCUGGCUGCACGUUUGACGGCUGUGCCGGCGCGCGAUUAAAAAAAAACAUUACAAAAUCUGUCAACACGUUCGUUCAACUUGAAGCCAAAUAUUUCAAGAAGAUAACGAAUACGAUCUAGUGUUGUGCUUGUGAAACUAAAAACAACCACCGAAUAACUUGAUGUGUUAAUUAUUAACAAUUUUGGUACAAACGAGAAAACAAGUGUUAGAAGUAAUAGAGUAAUGCUCAAUAAUAUAAAACUUAAUUUUAAAAUAAAUACGAAUUAAUAAACUAAUAAAAUGUCGACUGAGAGAGAAGAAACCCAAGAAUACAUCAAUGGCAUGAGACCCGGUCCUUUGACUAGAGAAAUACCAGAAUGCAUGAGGGACAAAUAUACAAUAGUGCAAACGAUUUUGGACGUUAUAGCAUUUUGGAUGUUAUUAGCUGGUUAUGUAAUUACGGGGAUAUACAGGGCGAUAGUUGGAUAUCCGAAAAAGGAACUCAAAGAUAGUAUAGCAGUGGUGACAGGCGGAGGAGGAGGUCUGGGUAGUUUGGUGGCUUUAAGAUUGGCGAGGCUCGGGUGCACCGUCGUUUUAUGGGAUAUCAACAAACAAGGUUUGGAAGAUACAGUGAAACUAGUCAAAGGCAUUGGUGGGAAAUGCCACGGGUAUGUAGUGGACUUGGCCAGUCGGGAGGACAUCUACAGAGUCGCAAAGACGGUCCACGAAGAGGUCGGCAGAGUAAGUUUGCUGAUCAACAACGCCGGCGUAGUGUCCGGCCAAUACUUACUCGACACGCCAGAUCAUCUCAUCAAGAGGACGUUUGACGUCAAUGUGUUAGCUCAUUUUUGGACCGUGAAAGCGUUCCUACCUCACAUGAUUGAACAUAACAAUGGUCAUAUAGUUACGAUAGCAUCAAUGGCAGGUCACGUGGGCGUUGCCAAGCUUGUAGACUAUUGCUCUUCGAAGUCAGCAGCUUGCGGCUUUGACGAAGCUUUGAGAUUGGAACUGGAAGUUCGAGGCAUUAAAGGAGUCCAUACUUCAUUAAUCUGCCCGUAUUUCAUCCGUUCAACAGGCAUGUUCGAGGAAGUUAAUUCAAGGUUCGUGCCGCAGCUGAACUCAAACGAAGUAGCAGACCGAAUCGUAUUCGCGAUCCGCACCAACGAGCCCCUCGCCGUCAUACCGGCAUACUUCCGGAUGCUGCUGCCGUUCAAAUGGUUGGUUCCGUGGCCGUGUGUGUCAGAGAUCAUCCGCGGUCUGGUUCCAGACGCGGUGCCGGCCCCUGUCGCGUCGCACCGGCCCCAGCUGACCGAAGACUUAGUGCCAACAUCGCACAAAGGCAAGCUGGACUCGCGCCCCAUGUCGCUAGUGCCGCCGGCACGCCACGACCGUCACGUCUGACGUCACAACAUAGCGCCACAAGUGAGGAACUUUGUCAAAAUAUGGAAACAUUGUACCUUUAAAAAUAUAUUAAAAAUUAAAAUGUGCCUAUUCUAAAAUUAUUGUGAUAUAUCGUUAGAGAUUUUAUUGCUCUUGACUUCUUAUAAGGAAAGUAGUUUGUCAAAUAUUAUAGAUUUUUAUUCUAUUUCUUAGAUUUAAAAAAAGCAAUAUUGUAUACUAUAAAAUGUAUUUUUCAAAAUCAUAACAUGAUGUGUGUUUAGAAAUUAGUUGGAGAAUAUUUGACAAAGUUCCUUAUUGUUCUUAAUUUCGGAAGUUCUACUUAAUUACUUAAUUUGGUUAUGGAUAGAGUAAUCUAUAAUCAAUUGCCAUUUGCAAAUGAUUGUUUCAACUUAUUUUUUACAAAAAAAAACAAAAACAUUUCUCACUUCUUUGCUCAAAAAUUGCUGGUAAAGUAAAAAAAAUGUACAUUGAUACAAAAAUUACAAUUCUUUUUGUGAGAUUGUUUUUUCAAGAUUAAAAAAAAUAUCAAACCUUCUUUUAGAUUUCUAAAUGAAUGUGUUUUAUGUAGAGUGUUAAAAUGUUAUUUUUAAUCUUUGGGGAGAUUGUCAGAACAAUUAACAUAUUCAAAUAUUUAUGUUAAUAUUUCUUCCAAUCUAUAUAAGGAUGUAAUUAUAUACAGUUAUUAUUAAUUUUAGGUUACUUGCCUAGUUUUUAUUAACUUGAGUUAAGUGACAUGGACACUGUGGUAUUUAGUUAAAAUAAGUCCGUGAAUGUCCACUGCCGAAAAUCAAAUAUAAAAAUAGAGUCGACUUUUUUAUUCUCUUUGAAUAUGUAAUUAAAAAUAGAAGAAAGAAAGAGAUAACAGUAUAUGGAAUGUGUUUCUGCAGUGAAUAUUGACGAGAAGAAUUUCCAGAUGUGAUGUUUAUAAAUCUUGAAUAAGCCUAACCUUUAUUAUAUCAUAAGUAUGAUUUCUUACAACAAACAGAUGCCUUAUUCGGUAAUUUCCUUCAGUUAAACAUUUAAUCGUACUAAGAAAAACAAAAAAAAGCGUAUCUCGGAAUACCAAUUAGCCGCCGACCCUUCGGCCGGCCCAGAUACCGCUGGCGAGACGCCGUAGAGCUGGACCUGCGCGAGCUAGAGUCGAUCGGCUGGCAGGCGACGACGCAGGACAGACGACGCUGGCGCUCUCUCGUGGCCAAGACCCACUUCGGGUCGCUGCGCCAACGCAGUAGUAAGAAAAACAAAAGACUUUUGAAUCUAUUAAACGAUUAUGGAUAAAAUCUUGCUGUACUAUUUAAAAGUGAAAAGCAUUCAUAAAAGUUACCAGUUCAUGACUUAGCAUUUCUCAUAAUAUAAGCCAAUCAUUCUUAUCUCAUAACCCUAAGUAGUCACUCAAAUACAAUCAAAAGAGGUCAAACAUCUAGGCGAUAUAACGGUGAAAACUCUGCAUUGUUUAUUUCGAGUUACUUUUAGCUAAUACAUACUUAUAUGUACUUUGGUGCAAUAUAUAUAGUGUAUUAUAAUUACGGAUAUAAAUGUAACUAUAUCUAAGUCGGCAACUUUUAGGGCCUGUCCUACCACUGGCUGAUAGAGGCUUAGAUAGCUUAAAAAUGACGUCAAUGUCAGAUAAGGGAACAAAAUCCGAUAUUUCCAUAACAAAUUUUACACGUUGAGUUGUUAUCAGGCAAUUUAAUUUGGUGGGACAGGCCUUAAAUGUUAACUUGUAAUGGUUUAUUGUGACAUGUAACGGUUUUGUAAAUGUUUUAUGGCUGUAUUACGAGCUCUAUAUGAAAUUUUAUAAAGUUUUAUUAAACUUGA